GCCACGGAGCCUUCGCCGCCCGCCCGCCCGGCCCACGGAGCCCAUGGACCUGAGCACCGCCGCCGCGCUGUGCCUCUGGCUGCUGAGCGCCUGCCGCCCCCGCGACGGGCUGGAAGCGGCCGCAGUGCUACGAGCGGCGGGGGCUGGGUCGGCCUGGAUCCCGGGGGGCGGCGGCGGCGCGGGCGGCAGGCGGACCCUCGCCCCGGCUGCAGGUGCCCCGGCUGUGCCGACCGCCAAGGUCCCCGGAGCCCGCGUCGCGCGCCAUGCCGCCGGUUCAGCCUUCAGGAACGGCUCGGUGGUGCCGCACCACUUCAUGGUGUCGCUUUACCGGAGCCUGGCGGGACGGGCUUCGGCCGGGGCAGCAGCUGUCUCCGUCUCAGGCCACGGCCGCGCGGACACGAUCACCGGCUUCGCAGACCGGGCGACCCAAGAUGAAUGGGAGGCCGAGACGGGCCAGAGCUUCUUGUUCGACAUGUCCAGCCUUCCAGAAGCUGAUGAGGUGGUGGGCGCUGAGCUGCGCGUGCUGCGCCGCGGGCCUCUCGAGCCUGGCCCUGGCCGCGGGACUGCCCCGACGCUGCUGUUGUCCACGUGCCCAGGCGCUGCCCGCGCGCCGCGCCUGCUGCACUCACGGACCACGGAGACCCUGGACGGCAAGCGCUGGGAGGUGUUCGAUGUGGCGGACGCCGUGCGGAGCCACCGCCGAGAGCCGCGCGUCCGCGGAACGUUCUGCCUCUUGCUGCGCGCGGUGGCCGGCCCGGCGCGGAGCCCGCUGGCACUGCGGCGGCUGGGCUUCGGCUGGCGGGGCGGCGGCGGCGCGGCGGCCGCGGAGGAGCGCGCGCUGCUUGUCGUCUCCUCCCGCUCGCAGAGGAAGGAGAGCCUGUUUCGGGAGAUCCGUGCCCAGGCCCGAGCUCUCGGGGCCGCUCUGGCCGCGGAACCGCCUCCCGACCCGGGACCCGGGACCGGGCCGCUGAGAGCAGUCAUCAGCGGCCGCAGGCGGCGGAGGACCGCGUUGGCCGGGACGCGGGCGGCGCAGGGCAGCGGCGGGGGCGCGGGCCGGGGCCACGGGCGCAGGGGCCGGAGCCGCUGUAGCCGAAAGCCUCUGCACGUGGACUUCAAGGAGCUGGGCUGGGACGACUGGAUCAUCGCGCCGCUGGACUACGAGGCGUACCACUGCGAGGGCGUUUGCGACUUCCCGCUGCGCUCGCACCUGGAGCCCACUAACCACGCCAUCAUUCAGACGCUGCUCAACUCCAUGGCGCCCGACGCGGCGCCGGCCUCCUGCUGUGUGCCCGCGCGCCUUAGCCCCAUCAGCAUCCUCUACAUCGACGCCGCCAACAACGUGGUUUACAAGCAAUAUGAGGACAUGGUGGUGGAGGCGUGUGGCUGCAGGUAGCGUGCGGGCUGGACAGGGGGCAGCCGUGCCGCCAAGGACCCCAG